AUGAGUCAUGGCAAGUAUGAUGCUAUCCUUGCCAUGCGCCCUAUCAUUCAGCGUCAAUAUUCACUGCCAUUCAUCGGAAUAUCGCUUCUUAAGCUGGACCUUCGACACACGGCGAGGCACACAGGUAGGCCCCUUCGCCAGCCCCGCCGCUCGACUCCAGUCCCGAAGCCCACAGUAGCCAAGCCGCCCGAUACCAGCCCACAGCCCCGCCGCUCGACGCCAGCCCAUAGCACCCCGCCGCCCGACCCCAACCCCCAGCCCACACCCGCCCGCUCGACCCAGCCUACAGCCCCGCGCCAACCCCAGCCCACAGCAGCCCCGCCGCUCGACCGCAGCCAACAGCCACAUCAGCCCCACCCCAGCCCCAGCCCCCAGCCCCAGCCGCCCGCCAGCACAACACCCACAGCCCCGCCGCCCGAACCCAGCCCAGCACAGCCCGCCGCCCGACCCCAGCCCCCAGCCCAAAUCAGCCCGCCGCUCGACCCCAGCCAACAGCCCACAUCCAGCCCCGACCAGCCCCCAGCCCACAUCACCCCCGCCGCCCGACCCCAGCACCCACAGCAGCCCGACCCCCAGCCCCAGCCCCAUCAGCCCCACACCCCAGCCACAGCCCACAGCAGCCCCGCCGCCGACCCAGCCCUCAGCCCACAUCAGCCCCACCGCCCGACCCCAGCCCCAGCAGCACCCCGCCGCCCGACCCAGCCCCAGCCUAACAGCCGCCGCCGCCCGACCCAGCACACAACCCACAGCCCGCCGCCCGACCCGCAGCCCCCAGCCUACAGCCGCCGCCCACCCCAGCCCACAAGCAGCCCCGCCGCUCGACCCCAGCCAACAGCCACAGCAGCCCCGCCGCGACCCCAGCCAACAGCCCACAGCAGCCCGCCGCCGCGCCCCAGGCCCCGAGCCUACAGCGCGCCGCCCCGCCCAGCCCCGCAGCCCACAUCAGCCCCGCCGCCCGACCCCAGCCGCCAGCCUACAGUCCCCGCCGCCCGACCCCAGCCCACAGCAGCCCCGCCGCCGACCCCAGCCCACAGCCUCGCCACUAACUCCAACCCCAGCCCACAUCAGCCCCGCCUCCCGACCCCAGCCCCCAGCCCCCGGACGGCAGCGGCGGCGGCGCAUCACUCGAGCCGCCCACGACCAUCACGGGGGAAGAAUGCCAACCCAAAUGGCGAUGCUCACGCUCGAGUGCCGCGCGAAAUGUAG